CCGCCAUGACAGUUUCCAAUGCAUGCUUUUUUUAUAUAAGGACUUUCAAUAAUAAGACAUCCGCUGCGAACGAACGAGUUUACAGAUCCGAAAAAUGAACGAAGUGACUCUUCCCGCAGCCCCAAACUGGUACCUCAGCACGAUAUUGGCAUGUGCUAGAGAUGGCACUAUCGCGUGGGCUGCGAAAGCCUGUCUGAUCGUGGCUAAACGUAACUCAAAGGACAACCAAGCUCUCAACUACGCCAACAUUCCCAACAUCCACACCGAUAAAAUAAACUCUCUAGCAUUUUGCCCUGACUAUGGCCAACCAGGGAGAAACUUGCUCGUCACAGGUGGCAAUGACCUUUGCAUUAAAGUUUGGGACCUCGACAAGCUCGAGAUGACCGCUUCAAAGAGCUUCAUCGAAUCGGAGCACAAAGUAAUCAGCGUAGACUGGUCUAAGAGCGACCCAAACCUAAUCUGUGCCAUUAGCACUCAGGGCUCUCUCCUCACCUGGCAGUACUCCUUCAACACUUGCCAAAUAUUUCAUUUGGGCAAGUUCACCGCGACCUGCCUCUCCUGCAGUCCUCACAACCCCGAUCUCAUUGCAAUAGGCACCAAAUCAGGGCUCAUUUACAUCGUUAACUCCCACGGGAAAAUAAUCCAUAAACUUCGUGGCCACGAUUAUGAAAUCGUCAGCCUCUCCUGGUGUCCCACACCCCUCAACAUAUUCAAAGAGGACUUCCCCAAAGACUAUCUCCUUGCCUCAGGCGCCAAGGAUCGUUCCAUCUACAUCUGGAGGCCUGCAACUGAUGGUAGAUACGAAGUUAAAGUAUCUCUUCCCAGCUCUCCUCAAGACAACACCACACACAGAACGAAACUGAAUGCCAGCACCUUCACAGUUAUCCUCUGGGUUGAGCCUGGUAUUCUCGUUGCUAAUUCCGCAUUCGGUGAACUCUUGUCCCUCAAACUCAAUGCACUUAAAGGAAAAUUGAGACCAGACUGGAGGGUAAUUCACGGUCAUCACUCCAGAGCUAUCUUCUCAAUAUCAAGUUACAUUGAACCACAAACACGACAAGAGAUCAAACCAUCUGACGAUGAGAACUGGAGAACAGAGAAAGAGGAAAUGGUAUCUAAAGACAGGGAGAUCUGGACGACCGGACAAGAGCGUCAAGUGAUCUGCAUUGUUCUGAAAGAGGAAGAUGAUACGUGGAGAAUUAAGUACAGUAUCCCCACACUCUCCGGUUACGUGUACUGUAUCUCUCCAUGUCCCUUGGAUACGUCCAGGAUUGCUUUUGGUGUGGGUGAUGGAAUGUUAAGGGUUUGGAAUUUAUCGGAGCCUCAUAAAACAACAUUUGACAUCAUCACUGCUUGGCAAGAUAUAAAAGACAGAGUAACUGCUAUAGCCUGGCAUCCUGACAAGGAAAAUCUCUUGGCUUAUGGAACUAGCGAAGGGAGAGUUGGAGUUUACGAUAUUUUUAAUGUUGCUAAACGUCCUGUUGUCUUCAAGAUGCAUCACAGAAAGACUAUCUAUCGUCUUGAAUGGGGCCCAAGUGCUUCAACUGCAAAUCCUUCGAAUGACAAAACCCCAUCGACGUAUUCACUCUACUGUUGUGGAGAUGGAGAACUCACUUGUUUCAAUUAUGAUAAACCUCAGCAGGGGCCUGAGGUACUUAUCAAGAAGAGCUGCACCGAAAUAGCGUGGAAACCAGACUACUCUUGCCUAGCUGUUGGCCACGAUGAUGGAUCUAUAUCAUUUUUAAAUAAAAAACUUGAAAGUUUUGGAAAAACAAUCUUCCUGCUGAAGAAACCAGUGGAGUGCCUCACUUGGCAUCCAGACAGCACUGCCACAGACCUGAACUUUUCUCACUUUAGAAAUUAUCUCGCUGCCUCCACCACCACUCCCAUCAUUGCCGUUUUCGACAUGACGAGUAUGACAGAGAUGUUAAAUAAAGAGGAGAAGAAUCAAGAUACCAGUCAGAAUUUCUAUAAAGUAAUAGCAAAUCUUUUUGGUCAUUCUGAUAGAAUUUAUUCACAUGCCUGGAGUCCACACAUCAGUGGAUAUCUAGUGUCAGGUAGUGCUGAUAGCACUGUUCAAGUCUGGAAGAUCGAAGGACAGGAGAUACUUGCAACCUACACUGGCCACUGCAGUGGAGUGCAGUCAGUUAUGUGGAGUCCACUGGAUCAUAAUUUAAUAUUUUCUGGUUCUUCCGACUGGUCACUUCGUGUUUGGAAAUUUUCAAAUCAAAAAGUGGUGCUCCCAACUGCAGAACCCAUCACUACAAAAAGUAAAUCGAAAAAAUCAAGUAAAAAAUCCACUUCAAUAUCCCAAACAAAUGAAAAGUCGGUGGUGAAUUGUACUGAAGGUUUAGCAGCGGAAAACUCAAAUGAAAAGUCAAUGGAAGAGAUUCUGAAGUCAAAGGAAAAGGAUAAGAAGCGAGCAAAAAAAGUUAUUCCUUAUUUUCCAAAUUACCGAAAGCAAAUAAACGAUAAAGAAACAAUGCUCCAGUCUUGUUUGGAGUUGGCGAAGCAAGUAAAAGGUUUCGAAUCCUCUCAGACGAUUUUUGGAAGCAAAGACGUGAUAUCAAACAUCCUGGAGGUGGAGAGGGACACUCAUUGGGAGCAGGGACACCUGAUGAUGACAGUGGAAAUGAGUCUAUGGGACAACAAAUUGAAAGAAACAAUUACCAGGGCGAUGGAGACACAGUCAUUGAGUGAUUUCAUGGUCUCCCUUGCUCCCAAUCUCAGCAUGAAAUUCUGGAGAGAAGUGUGCGAGGCUUACUCCCAUCAGCUGAUUCAAGAAGGGAAUCCAAUGAAGGCUGCGUCUUAUUUGUUGAGUCUCCAUAAGAUUUAUGAAGCCAUUGAGGUUUUGAUGCAGGCAAAAUUAUACAAAGAAGCUUAUGUAAUAGCCAAAUGCAAAUUAGAUUCUAACGAUGAAAUUUUUAAGGAGUUAAGUAAGGAGUGGCUGGCUGCUGUCAGCAAAAGUGGCUCCUUUGAGGAAGCUGCACUGUGUCUGAUAGCUAAUCGAAAUUUCUCAGAGGCUGCACGAAUGUUAGCAAGGAGAAAAGAUGCCUCGACACUUGUAACAGCUGCCAAAUUAGCGAGUAUGGAAAACAAUCAAGAGUUGAGUGAUUCCAUUGUUGAAGAAGCUUUUAAUCUACAAUUAUCGGAGUUUAAUUACGAUAAGUCUAAGAAAUUAUUGGAGGAAUUUCCCAGUGUGGAGUAUCGAUUAAUUCAGUUAGAAGCUCUUGAGGAAAUAAGGAAGAAAGUUGAUGAGAAAUUUGAGACGAAUUAUGUUGAAAGCUGGUUGAAGGGAAAAUCAUCUUAUGGAUUAAUCAAAAACUUGAAGAACAAGUUUGGAGUGAUGGAGAUGAGUGCGGAGAACUUUCCGUCGUUCUAUAACAAGUUAGAUAAAGUUACUUACCCUCUAGCUGAUGCAAUCAAUCAAACUGAAUCAAUGCUUUGGUUAUCGAUCAGCAGAGACAUUGCGUUGGCUGCUGCCGCUCCAGAUGAAGACAAGAGAGCUCGACAUCUUGUUGAAGCACUAGGGGCAAUUUCUCAAUAUGAAUUGAUGAAUUCAAGGAGAUCUGCUGAAGUUCAGAAGGAAAUCCUCAUUAGAAUUCUUUCGAUUUUGGAAAAUGUCAGUCCUGCGGACGAAAAUUCGAUGUUUUAUUUCGAGGAGAAAGAAAAGGAUGGGGUGAAGGGAGUUCAGAAAAGUUUGAGAAUAUAUUUGUGCCUUGGACUACUCAAUUGGUUGCUUGGAAGCAUCAAUAAGAUUCAGGAAGAUAAAAAGGAAACUUCAGUCGAUUUUGUCGCUAAACUCGUUGGGAAGUCCCUGGAGUUCCUCCUGGAUCAGGAGACUGUCAAGUACUGGAUGAGAAUGACUGAAAUAACCAAGUUACAGAACUCGUUGAUUUCUGCGGAGAAUAAUGCGACCGAGAGUGAGAAAAGUGAUGAGGAGGAAGACAAGAAGGAUCAGAAUGAACUGUUGAAGAGACUGGACGAGGCGAGACAAGCUCAGAAAAAGUUUGUUGAAGAACGCGUGUGCGCACCUAGUCCAAUGCUGAUUCAUAGCAAAGUAACUGAACUGGGGACUCUCAUUGAGAAUGAGAAAGUGAGGAGUUGUUUUGAGAAAACUGCCAUCGAUGCUUGGAAGAGGGCCACGACUUUUUUCAGUGAAAAGUAACUCAGUUAUUACUCAUAAGAAUUUAUGUAACUAAAAGAGUAUUCAAGAUAAUGCUCCCAUUUCACAUUUUCUCACACGUUACGAUUUUUAUUUUUUUUCAUACGUUUAUUUAUAUUUUGCAUAAUUAUUGCAAAACAACUGUUUCUGUUUUCCAUUUUUCUUUCUAAGAAAGAAAUUGAAUUUUCACUUCAUUUAUCCAUUGAAGCAAUUCUAUUUUUUUUUAUUUGCGUUUUAUUAUAUUGGAGAAUCAAUCAACUUCUUAAGAAAUCAGCCAUGGUACCUACGUAGAUUCGCAAAUUUUUGUUUUUAUACAGUUGAAAAAAAUAUGUAAAAGUAUGUACAUAAACCCAGUGAAGCUGAUCGAAGUCAACACCGCUGGUCAUUAUUUUUUCAUUAAAAACAAAUGUGUGUUUAA